GCAGCGCGGCGCUGCCUCCGGGAUCCUCGCUCCGGGCGGGCCUCCGUGAGUCACCUGCGGGGCUGUCGCCAUCGCCGCCGGAGGAAAUCGCGCGCCGCUGCGGCGCGCUCGGCCGGCGCCCGGAGUCCCCUCGCUCACCCCAGCCGCGUCCAGCGCCCCGGGGUCCCAUCGCACACCCCAGACCCUCCCGGCGCCCCGAGUCCCCUCGCGCACCCCAGCCCUGUCCGGCGCUCGUCAGAGGUGAGUGCCGGGAGGCGGCGGCGGCGCUGACUCCGCCGGGCCGGGCUCGGCGCUCUGCUCCGUGAUCUCCGGCCGGACUGCCUGGGGACAGUGACGGCUGUCGCGCUCCGACCGCCAGUGCGGACCUCAAACCAUGGAGGGCGCAGACCUGGCCGGGAAGAUCCUUUCGACCUGGCUGACGCUGGUUCUCGGCCUCAUCCUUCUGCCGUCGGCCUUCGGAGUGUCUCUGGGCAUCUCGGAGAUGUACAUGAAGAUCCUGGUGAAAACUUUGGAGUGGGCCACUAUACGAAUUGAAAAAGGAGCGCCGAAGGAGUCAGUUCUUAAAAACUCAGCUUCUGUCGGUAUUAUCCAAAGAGAUGAGUCACCCAUGGAAAAAGGGCUCUCUGGUCUGCGAGGAAGGGACUUUGAGCUGUCUGACGUGUUUUAUUUCUCCAAGAAGGGAUUGGAAGCCAUCGUAGAAGAUGAAGUGACCCAGAGGUUUUCCUCAGAGGAGCUGGUGUCAUGGAAUCUCCUCACAAGAACCAAUAUAAAUUUCCAGUACAUCAGUCUAAGGCUCACUAUGGUGUGGGUGCUGGGCGUCAUAGUGCGCUACUGUGUCCUACUGCCUCUGCGGGUUACUUUGGCUUUCAUUGGAAUCAGUUUGCUGGUUGUAGGAACCACUCUGGUUGGGCAGCUGCCGGACAGCAGUUUCAAAAACCGGCUGAGUGAACUGGUCCAUCUGACUUGCUGCCGAAUCUGUGUGCGAGCCCUCUCUGGCACCAUUCGUUAUCAUAACAAGCAGUACAGGCCCCAGAAGGGAGGCAUUUGUGUCGCCAACCACACCUCUCCAAUAGAUGUUUUAAUCUUGACAACCGAUGGAUGCUAUGCAAUGGUUGGCCAGGUUCAUGGUGGGUUGAUGGGAAUUAUUCAGAGAGCCAUGGUCAAGGCUUGUCCACAUGUCUGGUUUGAACGCUCAGAAAUGAAGGAUCGACACCUGGUUACUAAGAGACUAAAAGAACAUAUUGCUGAUAAGAAAAAAUUACCCAUAUUGAUCUUCCCUGAAGGAACCUGCAUCAACAAUACUUCAGUCAUGAUGUUUAAAAAGGGAAGCUUUGAAAUUGGAGGAACCAUACAUCCAGUCGCCAUUAAGUAUAACCCUCAGUUUGGUGAUGCAUUUUGGAACAGCAGUAAAUACAACAUGGUGAGCUACCUGCUUCGAAUGAUGACCAGCUGGGCCAUCGUCUGUGAUGUAUGGUACAUGCCCCCCAUGACCAGAGAGGAAGGAGAAGAUGCAGUCCAGUUUGCCAACAGAGUUAAGUCUGCUAUUGCUAUACAAGGAGGACUGACUGAACUUCCCUGGGAUGGAGGGCUGAAGAGAGCAAAGGUGAAGGACACCUUUAAGGAAGAGCAGCAGAAGAACUACAGCAAGAUGAUUGUGGGCAACGGAGCUCUCAACUCUAAGUUGGACUGAUGCCACCUGUAGAUGAACUUGGCUUUCCAGAGCUAGCCCUUAGGAGUGGAAUGAUUUUUUUGGGGGGGAGAGGGCGUCGUUUUGUUUUAUUGUUUUGGUUUUUUAUUGUUAAUCUUUUCUACAGAAUGAUCGUCUCUACCUCUUUAUGCCAGAGGCAGAACCUACAGGUGCCCUUUUUGGCUUUGUGGUGGUGGUUGUGACAUUAGCCCCAUGAAUGACAAGGUUGUUUGCUGAGGUAGAACAGAUAACGGCCUUUUUUUAUGUGUCAUUAUUGAUCGAAUGAAAUGUUUGCACAAGAAAAAUGCUUCUAAAAUGUGUUUGGAACUUGUUGAUAUGGUCAUUUUCAAAAAAAUACCCUAAACUCUCUUGUCCUAAUUAGCUUUGCCACUCCCUUCAGUUACUUACACGGUGGAAUUACACAUCUGUGUGAGGUGACCCUUGUAUUUUUGUUCUACCACAAGAUUGAAAAGAAAAAGGGAGGAAUUGUAUUCAGGAAAAAGGACAACUUUUGUGGCUACUUGAUCUGAAAGUCUGAAGGAAAUGUAAAUAAUUUUUUACUACUGCAUUGAAAGAUAAAUACAAUCUGGUAAGCUUCACCAAAGAAAAGUGAGUCACAGUUAAUGUGUGCGUGCAUUUCUAUGUAGGCAACUCCAAAGCACAUGUUAGCCAGCAACUGGUGACAAAGAGCUUUGUUGGUUUUCCUUGUUCCUUUAGUGAAGCCCUAUACCUUGUUCCCCUCCCAUCUACUGAUUUUUUUUUGUUCUUGUAACUAAACACAUUUUCAAAUAGAAGGAGCCUUUAAAAAACAAAUAAUCACCUUGAGUAACUUCAGUUGAAUGAGUGGAAGUGUGUGGAGCCACCCCUCCCCCUCCACCUCUUUGUGGUUUAUUCCCAAACUUUCCCAGUCUCAUAAACAGAAAAUAACUGGUAUAAUUACCUUUUGGAAACUGAGCCUUACAUUUUUUAAAGGGGGAAAUGAGUCUUCCCCAACUCACACAGCAUAUGUACUGUUUGAUAGCAAUAUAAUGCUGUUGUAAACCCUUGAGAGUAUUAUAUCUCUUCUGGCAACCGUGUACAGAAUGUAAAACUGUCCUACCAUGAAUAUAAAUAAAUUCUAUAUUUCUAAA